AAGUACCCACAUACGACACGUCAACAUCUCAUCGCACAACAACAACAACAACAACAACAUGUCUCGGUACCCAUCGCGCGCCUUCAUACUGGUCCUCCUCGCCGUUGCCAUGACGACGAUGGUGGCGGGAAACAACGUGUGUCGUGUGGCGAGGUUCACGACUCAGAUGACGGUGAACGGCAGAGUGAGGGACGUGGAAGCCGGGGAGUGCAUCGUGCGGGACAACUACCGCAUACGGCCCAAGUUUAGCGGAUAUGACGCAACCGAGCACGAAUUCCUCCAGAACAGCUUCCGGGUCGACGACCAAGAGUGCUGCUGCAGAGUGAAUCGGUUCGUGCCCAGAACCGUCCGGUUUGGCUCCACCGUCAUCCAGUAUAAGGACAUCCGCAGCUGCAGCUGUCAGCCGUGCUGAGUCCGUCGGCGUGCGUGUCCGUCUUGUGAACGGUCGUCGCCGUUUGAAACGGUCGUUACAAUUUGAAACGGUCGUCGCCAUUUCAAACGGUUUUUACAAUUUGAAACGGUCGUCGCCUUUUGAAACGGUCAGUUACAAUUUGAAACGGUCGUUACAAUUUGAAACGGUCAUUGCCAUUUGAAACGGUCAUUGCCAUUUGAAACGGUCGUCACAUUUUGAAACGGUCGUUACAAUUUGAAACGGUCGUCGCUGUUUAUAACGGUCGUCGCCGUUUUAAACGGUCGUUACAAUUUCAGACGGUCGUCACCUUUUGAAACGGUCGUCGCCAUUUGAAAUGGUCGUCGCUAUAAUGGUCGAAGCAAAAAAAGUACAUAA